GUUGGUAGCAACGGGGUUUAAAAACCGGAAGUGCGCGCCACCGUCCCGUUACGGAAUAUCAUUGAUAAAAUCGUAUUUGUGUCAUUCGAUGAAAUGAUUUUUUAAUAGGUAAAAAAAAUUUUGAUUGAGGUGAAAAGAAAAACUAUGUGGGUGAACAUGAUUUUCGCAUUUAUAAUUUCCUCGAUUCUCAUCAAAGGCUGUCCAGGACAGAAUUUGAACGACAUGGACAUGCCAGUCAACGAGCGCGUCCCAAAUUUUGUAACCCCAGGUCAAACCUAUAGGAUAGCAACCGGAAGCACCGUCGUAUUACCAUGCAGAAUAACCGAACCAGGAAGCUACGUUCUUGCUUGGAAAAGGGGAAUAGCCGUCCUAACAGCUGGUCCGGUGAAGGUCACUCCCGAUCCUAGGGUCAGUCUUCUACCCGGCUCUUCGACCGGAAACGCCAAUCUUCCAGGUAUUCCUGGAUUUUCUGGCGGGAGCUAUAGCCUUGAAUUAAAACACGUCCGACCACAAGAUGCUGGAGAUUAUGUUUGUCAAAUUGGAACGAUGGAACCAAGAGAAAUUACACACACCCUUGAAAUAUUAGUUCCACCAAGAAUCCACUACGUUUCUCACACCGGUUCGUUGGAUGUCCUACAAGGAGCCACCGUUAAAAUGGAAUGUAGAGCGUCGGGGAAUCCCGUACCAACAGUUGCGUGGACGAGAAAAAAUAACGUUCUGCCAAGCGGGGAAAGAACGGUGCAAGGAUUAUCUUUGGCGAUUCAACACGCCGAUAGGCACUCAGCCGGGCAAUAUCAAUGUUCAGCUGGAAAUGGGGUUGGGGAACCCGAUACGAAACAUAUUACAUUAAAUGUUCUUUAUGCGCCUGAAGUUGAAACUGAGCGUUCCGUUGUGCAUACAGGAAUUGGAUUAGAAGCCCUCCUCGUUUGUAUAGUUCACGCGGAACCAUCUCCUCAGGUGCUGUGGUUCAAGGAUACCGCCCAGCUAGGAACAACGGAACAACACGCGUCCCACGCCAGAGGCAAUCGUUAUACUUUGGUAAUAAGGAACGUAACGGCGGCCGACUUCGGAAAUUACAGUUGCGUUGCGAGUAACGUUCAUGGGAAAAACCGCGGUCAUUUAAGUUUAACUGGAACCGCUGGGAUUGCCGCUUUCGAUUCUCCGGUUAUUAGCCCAGAAAAGGAUUCUUAUAAUAUAUCGUGGUCGGUUAGUAGCCACGCAGCCAUCUUGGAAUAUAGAUUAUUCUUCAGGCAACAAUCGCGACAUCGAAGAACUCACCACACACCGGAAUCAUCAAACUCCUCCUUCGUCUCGUACAAGAAUGAUUGGAACAGUAUCGUUUUAAGUAAAACGAGCGGAAUUAACACUGUUUUACCACCGUAUCCCGGAGUUACAAGACAACGAGAUUUCCACAUGCUCAAGAAUUUACAACCGGGAACCAGUUACGAAGUUAGAGUUCAAGCUAAAAACGCCCAUGGAUGGAAUAAGAUUUCACCGACGUUUCAUUUCACCACAAGAUCAAACGAUAUAGAAAAUAUGGUUGAACCGUCAGCUCAACCAGCGGUUUACGGCAACAAACAACAGGGAUUUUUCCCUUUCAGCAGUUCAUCAACGCAAUUUCAACCGACAACGGUGUUAUUAUUUUUAAUUUUAAUAAUCACAUCAGUGAAGUGUUUUAUAAUAUAAAGUGUAUAAAAAAAAAGAAAGUUUGAAAACUUUAAAAGAGAUAAUUCGAUGUGUCUGUGUUACCCUUUAAAAUGAAAUGGUUCGAGUGUUAAUUUAGCGACUAAAAAGUAAAUCGCGAUUCACCAAACGUCGAUGUAUAGAUUGAUCUCUCACUUUUCGAUGAUGAAAUACGCAAUUUUUUAUUUCGUUUCGUUUCGAUUUUGUUGAAUUAAUCACCUGAGUUAGAAAUUUUGGGCCCGUUGCGUCAAUCACCAAAUAAAUCAGUUUUUAAACCGUUUCAACCAUUUCAACCGCAGUCGAUUCACAAACAUUUUGCAACUACCAUUAUAUGCCCUUUUUACGCCAGAUUUAAACCGGCUUGUAUCGGCUCGUUUUCCGAACACGUAGACAAACCGACCUGUCACUGAAGACCGAUUUAUAUUCAGGGCGUGUUGUGUGGGGUGCGUUAAAAAAAGCGCUGCCAAAAACAUUUGUAAGGGGGUGAAAACGAUUUUUUUUGAUAAUAUUAAUCUUUCAAUAACUAAUAUAUUGCUCGAGAUACUUCGAAUAAUAAAUACACUUUUAGGGAAAGAAUCAAAUGAAGAUAAUUCUAAAUUUAGUGUAAAUAUAGAAAAUUUCUGUUCUUAAAUAAUUAGACAUACAAAUUUUAA